CACUGAUGGGUUCUGAUGGGUUGUGGUCUGUCUGUGAUCCAGGUCGUGUACCACGAGCGCCACAUCCAGAGGUUCUGGGAGCGUCACAGAGCUCUGUUCCCGGACGCCGUGCUGGUCGGUCCAGAGGAGAACCUGCAGGAAAGCAAGGCCAGAUCCAUGGCUGUCGAGGCGUGUAAGAAGGAUCCAGAGUGUGAUUACUACUUCAGCAUCGACUCAGACGUGGCCCUAACCAACCCCGACACCCUGAGGAUCCUCAUCGAGGAAAACAAGUCCGUCAUCGCUCCCAUGCUGUCCAAACACGGGAAGCUGUGGAGUAAUUUCUGGGGCGCUCUGAGUCCUGAAGGUUUCUACUCCAGGUCUGAGGACUACAUCGAGAUCGUGCAGGCCAAGAGGAUCGGCCUGUGGAACGUGCCGUACAUCAGUCAGGCGUACCUGAUCAAAGGCAGCGUGCUACGAUCCAGACUGACCCAGGUGGACCUGUAUGUGGACUCAGAGAUGGACCCCGACAUGGUGUUCUGCAGGAGCAUCAGAGACCAGGGAGUCUUCAUGUUCGUGUCAAACCGAGACGAGUUUGGUCGUCUGGUGGCGUCGACCAACUUCAACACGUCCCAGCUGCACCCGGACAUGUGGCAGAUCUUCGACAACCCCGUGGACUGGAAGGAGAAGUACAUCAGUGAGAAUUACUCCAAAAUCUUUGAGGACGGCGAGACGUUUGUGGAGCAGCCCUGUCCGGAUGUUUACUGGUUUCCGGCCUUCUCAGAGAAGAUGUGUGAUCACCUGGUGGAGACGAUGGAGCAUAACGGAGGAUGGUCCGGAGGAACACACAAGGACGAGCGUCUGGCCGGUGGUUAUGAAAAUGUCCCGACGGUGGACAUCCACAUGAACCAGAUCGGCUUUGAGAAGGAGUGGCUGAAGUUCCUGAAAGAGUACAUCGUUCCCGUCACCGAAAAACUUUAUCCUGGAUAUUAUCCCAAGGUACGUCCCGGUGUCCCCUCAGCAGGACGCGCAGCGCGAGAAAAACCUGACACGGAGAUUUAUCCUGCAUGUACGGGGUUACUGCGCUCACGAAAAUCCUCGAAACGUCUCCGAAUUAGCAAAUAAAAAAAAC